AUGCCCACCAGCGACUACCUCGUGACGUCGGUGGCCCUCCACACGGACGACAUUCUAUCGGCCAUCGUCCAGUGCAUUGCUGCGCCGCACGAAGUGUCCGUCUUUCUGGACACAGUUCCCGGCUGCGCGCGGAGCAAGGCGUUGAUAGCGCUGGACGAGCUAUUGCACGCAGAGGCGCUGCCCGUCGACGCUUUAUGGCCCCAGCUCUGCCUGGAUGCAAUAUCACUUGACGCCGUCGAUCGUGUGCGCGAUGCCAUGCCGGCGUUUCCUAGUGUCGCCGCCGACAACCUCCUCGCCGCGCGGCCGGCCGGUUUUGACCCACUCGACUGGCUUCAAUUCUGGAGCAGUAAAAUCACUCGCUACACCCACAUUGACGAUGCAGCCGACGUUUUGCGUCUCUGCAGCAUCUUGCGCCAAUGCACCAAGCUUCAGGUCGUCGACAUGCCGGACGCGAUCGACGGCGCUUGCAUCCUCGAGGCGAUCAUGACGCCGGCCCACCGCGUCAGCUCUUUUCUGGUCGAUUGCACGAGAAACGUGACCGAGUUGACGGCGACGGUAGCUCGUUGGCUCACGACUCGCCACGCGACGCACUUGGAUUUGACCUACGCCUCAUCCGACCGCGACGCAGACUACGCGGCGCUGGCCGCCAUUCUCAUAAUGACGACGGAGCUCGAACGUCUCACGCUCUCCUUGGAUGCACCCGGGCUUCUUGCGCCGCUCGUUGGCGUCGCGCCCUUGUUCACUCGACUGAGAACGCUCGACAUCUCGGUCCAUGCGUCCGACAUCCCGACGCUGCGAUCGCUUUUGGAGCGCCUUUGUAGCACGCCGCUACGCUCGCUUCGUCUCGACUGCAAUCACGGUGAUAUCAGUGCACUCUUGGACGUGCUUUCGACGCUGCCAGCGCUGGACGACCUCGAGCUGUCGCGUUGCUGCUUUGAUCCGACACGCUUGCGACCAUUGUUCCCUCGGACGCUGCCACGCCUUCAUUUUUCCGACAUGGCGUGGACAGACUAUGCGUGGUCGGUGCUGGGCGUUGCCUUGGCGAGCGCACACGGACUCAACGAGCUCUCGUGGCACUCUUGUCGCUCGAGCACCACAACGUCGCUGAUGGCGGCGAUGGCGGCGACGAUACCUCACUGGAUUGAGCGUGGCGCCAAAAGCAUUUCCUUUCACGAGUGCGGACAAGACGUGGGUGCUCGUGAGCUGGCAGCGGCGCUUCCUCGAACGACGAGCUCGCUCGGCGUCGACCUCGUCAUCAGCGGCGUUCGGUUGUCCACGACGAGCUACAUUUUAUUUGGUAUGUCCCUUGCGAUGUGCGCAGGCGUCUCUAUCGUGCUGCCACGAAACAACAGCGAUGAGUUUCGAGCCGAGGCCAAGUCCCGUCGCUUCAAGUACCGCGAAGUCGUCGUCGAUGGCCGUCGCCGUCUCGUGUUUGAGAGUUCUAGUGCGGCGUAG